AUGUCAAAAACACAGUUACUUAAAGCCUUGGUUAACGAACGAUUAGCGAUCGCAGUUUUGGAAAUAUAUGAGGCAGUGGAAAAAACGAUAACUGAAUUCCAAGAGGAGGUGGAACGUACAAAGGAGGACAACGCGCGUCUCCAGAGACUGUUGGACGCGGUGUUGAAACCUGAGAUUAAAUUACAGAGAACAGACGCUCAGCAGUGUCCUGGGGUUUCUGCAGAGUGGGGUUCUGCUGGUGACCAGCCUGGUGCUGGUGAGGAGGACUGUGACGAGCCUGAUGAGGAGGACUGCAGCAUGAAUAAGGAGCAGGCUGAUCACAUGCACGUUAAACAGGAGCAGAAGUGCAGCCAGGAGCAGCUGCUACAGCAAUUCAAGUCUGAAGAAACUGAACUCUUACUGGUUCAUAGCAAUCCAGAAAUGUUCAAUUUUGAAGAUGAACCUCAACUUACACAAUACCAAAUGCAGACAAUUGAACAGGAGGCGACUUUCUGGGCCUCUCCCUUCAGUCAGGCUAUGGGGCAGAUACCACAUGAACCAGAGGAAGAUGACAGAAUACCAGAUCCAAGCAGUCAGUUACUGUUCCCCUCUGCAUAUUCAAGAAAGGCAUCUGAGGAUGUCUCCAGCCAUUUAGAAUGCAGUGAUGUGGACCAAUCUAACACAAUUGAGCCUUCAUACCCCAGUGCCCUACAAUCUAGGAAAAAACAUGGGUCACUCACUGCAGUGGACAAGAAGACCUCCAUCCAUGUUCUGCCGAUGUCACAGGGAAGAGGCGGCCCAAUAUACAGUAAAAAACAGUACUGCCUGUACUGCUGUAGGCCAUAUUCUAAAAUAUCUAGACACCUUGAACAUGUGCAUUGUAACGAGUCAGAGGUGGCAAAGGCAAUUCAAUUUCCAAAGAAUUCCAAGGAAAGAAGACUCCAUUUGAACUAUCUCAGAAAACGAGGCAACUUUGCCCAUAAUACAGAUGUUUGCAGAAAAGGGUCUGGACAAAUGAUAGUCUGUCAACGACCAAGGCGGAGCAUGGAAGCCAAAGAUUUCAUUCACUGUGUUUAUUGCAGAGGCCUUUAUUCCAAGAAGUUCUUGUGGAAACAUGUGAGGCACUGCCAACUCAAAAACAAUGAUGAUGCAAACUGUCAACCCAAAAAAUCCUGGAAUGGAAGAAAAAAAGGUAGAAAACAAUCUCAGGCUGCUGCUAGACUAAACGUCUCAGAGAUCAGUGAAGCCGCUGGACCAUCUAUCACUGCAUGCUUGACUGCAUCCACAAAAGAGGAUAAAGGUUCACCCAGAUGGUUCAAGAAAAAAUGGGAGGUGAAUGAGGUAACAGCCAUCGAGAGACACAUGAUGAGGUUCAUCACCAGACACAAACUGCCUGGUAAGAAAGACUGUCUCCAGUGCAUUAAAGAAGAGCCAGAUGUUCUUCAGAACAGGACAUGGGUGAUUGUCAAGAAUUAUGUGAGAAACAGAAUCACUGCUCUACAGAAAAACGCCAAAUUAGAGUAAUGAUGUCUGACAGAAAUGUGAUAGCAUUCACUAAGGUAGAGGAUACUGAAGUAAUUGUGAUGGAAAUUAUUGUUAUUAUUCAUCUUCCCUUAAAACCCUUCUAUUGUCAGGUGUAGUUGAGUAAUGAGAAAUUGGACCCAAUGUUAUUGUGACCCAAAGAUAAUAGGUGUUAAUAGGAGAGUUAACUGAAUGUACAGUUUAUAUAUUAUACUGGUAAACUGUUCAUUUAAAAGGCACUGACAACAUUGAUGUCCUGCAAAUAGAAUUUAGAGAGAAUGAUUUGAUAGCAUGCUUUUACCACAUGCUUCCAUUGCUACAGUGAUGUUACUGAUGAUACUAUCAUAGAUCAGUAGCAAAUGAUGUCAUUUAAGGAUACAUGCAAUACAAAAGAUAAAUGUAUUUUAAAUUUAGCAUUCCAGUAAUUGAACAUGAUUGCACAUCUGAUGGGAAUAAAUUGUUGAAUUAAACAUGUGUUUGAGUCUUCUGACCCACA